AAAAAAAAAAUCUAUCUACGACCCAUCGUUUUUGCGUUUCGUUUAAGAACUACGGAGUAAUUGAUAAUUAUGGGGGAAAAGAAUAAGAAAAUACAUUAAUUAGCUUGCAAGUUGCCGGUAACAGAAAGGCAGUUUGUGAUGUCAUGUAUGCAUGCAUGAAAUAUUUGAUCGUAAUGUCCGGUUUUCAUAAAGCGCAACAAAAUGUAUUCCCAAUCACAAUAGCUUGAUUGAUAUCACUACUCUCAUAUAACUAAUUUAUAAUUAGUUCUUUCAACAAAGAUAUGUAGGAACUAGGAACUUGUCUUCAUAGAUGUUUGAUUUUAUGAGAAAUCAGCAUACGUUCUUGUAGACACCUUAAUUUACAUGGAGAUAUUCAACCAACGUGAACCCCAUAAGGCCAACCAAAGGCAAAAAUAGAUUCAGGUUGAGAAAUUCUCGGACUUUUUUGUUUGGACAAGAGUCACAUUUUCUUUCUAAAUAUUGACUUAACAAAUCUAAGGUUCAUUUUCCGUUUCCCUUACAAGACCAGGUAAUAGCCAUAGAAAGAAAAAAAGGACAAACAACGAACCAGAAAAAAGGAGAGAAACAAAAAAAAAACAAGAAUUGACAAGAACAGAACCCACCACCAAGUCUAUUGACAAACUUACAUCGACCUGAGAAGUAAAAACGACAUCAUUCUUCUUCUUUUUGUUAUUCUUAACCUAUCUUGAUCACAAUGCAAUUUUGUGUAACAUUAUUGAUUCAAGAAGGGGACACGCAACAAAAAGAGCUUCCUCUAUCUUCUUAACAAUGGGGAUAUUCUCAUCUUCAAAUAAUUAAUACCAAACGUUGAGCUCUGGUUUGCUAUAUUUCCAUCUACCUUUAUAAAACCUUUCCUUGAGUUUUGCUUGAUUGUGCCUACCUAGUGGCGCAAGGAUGGCAGAAAAGCCAGUGGAGAAAAGGUCACGUCGAGGGCUGUUGGGUGCUGUGUUUGGUAAACGUGGCUUGUGGUCCAAGAAAUGUACCGCGGAUAAGGGAAACCAUAAAAGCACAACGAGUACCAGCACUGCCUCCACAGAAUGCACCGCUAAUAUUCAGUUCACCAAAUCUCCAGCAACCGAAUUAAACCCAAAUAAGAUUCAAGAUCAUAAAGUCCCACCUGAACCGAUACAAAAACCUAUUUCAAAACCCUCAUCGAAUCAAAACCCUAAUAACCAUCAGUUAGGCAACAAUGGGAGUCACCAACAUAUUAAUAAUCAAUGGCCGGUCCAACAACAAGCGAAGAAGGUGCCAAGGGAAUCUAUCGGUCUAUCAGGUGAGCUAGAGAGCAUGAUCAACGACAACCAAAAAGCUAAAGGGAUAAGAGCAUCUUCAAGCAAUGUGAUGUUUGGCAACCUUGGGAACUUGAAGCAGCCAGGAACAACAUCGGUUGGGAACCAAACAACUGUUCAAAACAAAGGAUACGGUAAUAAUACCGGUGGAAGCUACGGGGUGAGGAAUACAAUGAAAGAGGAAAGACAAACUGCGGUUUCAACUAAUCAAGAUCAGCCAGGGUCUUUGUGUAGGGCGAUAUCUACAAGAAUGGAUCCAGAGACUUUGAAGAUAAUGGGGAAUGAAGAUUACAGGAACGGAAACUUUGCUGAAGCGUUAGCGUUGUAUGAUGCUGCCAUAGCCAUCGAUCCAAAGAAGGCUGCGUAUAGAAGCAACAAAAGUGCGGCGUUGACGGCAUUGGGAAGAAUCAUUGAGGCAGUGUUUGAGUGUAGAGAGGCAAUUAGAAUGGAGCCUCAUUACCAUAGAGCUCAUCAUCGGUUGUCUAACUUGUACCUCAGGUUGGGAGAGGUGGACAACUCAAUAUAUCAUGUUAAGCAUUCGGGUCCAGAAGCAGAUCAAGAAGACAUUUUGAAGGCCAAAACGGUUCAGACUCAUCUCAACAGAUGCACCGAAGCCAAAAGAUUGCGAGAUUGGAGAACUCUGAUCAAAGAAACCGAGAACACUAUAGCUUCAGGCGCAGACGCAGCUCCUCAAGUAUAUGCAUUGCAAGCAGAGGCAUUCUUGAAGAGUUAUAGACAUCAAGAGGCCGAUGAUGCUUUGUCUAGAUGUCCGGUUUUCGAUGUGGAAAUGAGCACAAAAUACUACGGACCGAUCGGUUACGCCGGUUUCUUGGUCGUCUGGGCUCAGGUUCACAUGUCAUCCGGAAGAUUUGGAGAAGCCGUUGAGGCGAUUCAACGAGCUAACAAGCUGGACAGGAACAACAGGGAAGUAAGCAUGGUUCUCCGGCGUGUGCAGGCCGUAACCGCAGCGCGAUCAAAAGGCAACGAUUUCUUCAAAGCGGGACGGUUUCAAGAAGCUAGCACAGCUUAUGGUGAAGGAUUAGACCAUGACUCAAGAAACUCAGUCUUGCUAUGUAACAGAGCAGCUUGUCUAUCCAAAAUGGGACAGUUCCACAGAGCCGUAGAGGAUUCCACGAAUGCACUCACCGUCCGUCCUGCCUACACCAAGGCUCGACUGAGAAGAGCCGACUGUAACGCUAAGCUUGGGAACUGGGAAGCAGCAAUUGGAGACUACGAGAUAUUGAGAAAAGAGACACCUGAAGACGAGGAAGUACUCAGAGCAUUGUCAGAGUCCAAGAUGCAGCUAGUGAAACGACGUGGACAUGAAUCUGAACUCUCCCAGCGAUUAAAACAGCCACCAUGA